AUGGGACAGGUGACAACCAACACCCAAGAGAAAUCUGAACUCCUAAACAAUUACUUCGCAUCAGUAUUCCACCAGUCUAAGGGUGUUACCUUGUUUGAAAGGAUACAGGACAAUCAAGGUGGGGGUAAUUACCCAUCAACAGUUGCCAAAGAUCUUGUGAGUUUGACUACUAAUGACCGUGAAAUUUAUGAAAGUCCUUGUUUUAUUUGCACAUUACUGAUGUCAGCUAGUCAGAAUUCAGCAGAUAAACAGCGGGCCCUAGAAGAAACCAAAGCCUACACUACCCAGUCCUUAGCAAGUGUAGCCUAUCUGAUCAACACCUUGGCUAACAAUGUUCUCCAAAUGCUGGAUAUUCAAGCAUCCCAGCUGCGGCGCAUGGAAUCUUCAAUCAACCAUAUUUCACAAACAGUGGACAUUCACAAAGAAAAAGUUGCUAGAAGAGAAAUUGGCAUUUUGACUACAAAUAAGAACACCUCAAGGACCCACAAAAUUAUUGCACCAGCCAACCUGGAGCGACCGGUUCGUUACAUUAGAAAACCUAUUGAUUACACAAUUCUAGAUGAUAUUGGACAUGGAGUGAAGUGGUUGCUUAGAUUUAAGGUUAGUACACAGAAUAUGAAGAUGGGUGGGCUGCCCCGUACUACGCCUCCUACCCAGAAACCACCCAGUCCACCAAUGUCAGGAAAAGGGACUAUUGGGCGUCAUUCUCCCUAUCGCACACUGGAGCCAGUGCGUCCUCCAGUGGUACCAAAUGACUAUGUACCUAGCCCAACACGUAAUAUGGCUCCCUCGCAACAGAGCCCUGUUAGAACAGCUUCUGUGAAUCAGAGGAAUCGCACAUACAGCAGCAGCGGGAGCAGUGGAGGGAGCCACCCGAGUAGUCGAAGCAGCAGUCGAGAGAACAGUGGAAGUGGAAGUGUGGGUGUUCCUAUUGCUGUUCCUACUCCUUCUCCUCCCAGUGUCUAUCCAGGUCACCCUGUUCAGUUCUACAGCAUGAACAGACCUGCAUCUCGGCACACCCCCCCAACAAUAGGCGGCUCCUUGCCAUAUAGGCGUCCUCCUUCCAUCACUUCACAGACAAGCCUUCAGAACCAGAUGAAUGGAGGACCUUUUUAUAACCAGAACCCAGCAUCUCUUGCUCCUCCUCCCCCCUCCAUCCUACAGGUAACUCCACAGUUACCACUAAUGGGAUUUGUGGCCAGAGUCCAAGAAAAUAUUUCAGAUACCCCUCCUCCUCCUCCACCUGUAGACGAGCCAGUCUUUGAUGAAUCUCCACCUCCCCCGCCACCUCCAGAAGAUUAUGAAGAGGAGGAGGCAGCUGUGGUGGAGUACAGUGAUCCCUAUGCCGAAGAAGAUCCUCCUUGGGCACCAAGGACCUACUUAGAAAAGGUUGUGGCGAUCUAUGAUUACACAAAAGACAAAGAGGAUGAGCUCUCGUUUCAGGAAGGUGCCAUCAUUUAUGUCAUUAAGAAGAACGAUGAUGGUUGGUAUGAGGGUGUCAUGAAUGGAGUGACGGGGCUCUUCCCAGGGAACUAUGUGGAAUCCAUCAUGCAUUACUCUGAGUGAAGACUACAUGACAGAGAGCUGCAUCUCACACUGCAGGAACUGUUGGGGCUCCCUGGACCUCCCCCAGCCUGUGGGGGCCCUUCCAACUGAACUGAAUGAAGGAUAAUUGUAACAGAACCACUUUUUUGGCUUUUUUUUCAUUAUAAAAAAAAUAGUGAUUUGAGUUUUUUGAACAAAUGGCUCUUCUGGCAGCUGUAGCGAGCCUUCUGACUUCGAAUAAGCUGACCCGUUCAGGUGUAGAUACUGGAGAUGUAACGAACUUGUUGAGUAGCUGAUACUUUACUCAAAUUCAGACCGAUUCAAGCAGGAUCUGGGAUCUAUCUCAGGAAUACUGUAUGCCCCUGUGAUAUAACGCUGGCAUUAGUGCUUGGCUCUGGGACAUCCUGGAUGCCAGUGGUAAAAGGUUAACGGCCAGUGGACAUCCUUCCCUUUUUGUACACUACACUUGCAUGCAGCUGGACGAACAUUCACGUGCUAGCAAACAUUUGGAUUUGUACCCAAAGCAGUUCACGUAUCUGACUUCCAGAUGGUUCGUUACAUCUUUAACAUGAACACGUCUCCAGCUGCUCUGCACUUGUAGACUGAUGCAGGGGCACACAGAGCUGGCUUUGAUUCACGUACCUUUAAGUUUAGCUAAUUAAAAUGGAUGCAGCCAGACCUUUCCCUCUCCCUCUUCCAUUCCCUUAAUCUUAGUUAUUUGAAUGCCACAGUUUUUUUUUUUUAAUGCACUGGUGUAAAUGUUAUCCUUUGCUGCAAGUUCCCAGCCUGCUGGUGCUGCAGAUUGAACUGAACAUGCGUUUGCAGUUUUAUGAUGAAGGGAAAAUUGAAUUUACCGGUCCCUAGGAGCUAGAGGAUCACUCUAGGGGGAGAAGGUCUAGUGUUGGAAAUUCCUGAUGCAUGCUUGCACUGGAGGCAAGUUAUUCAUCCCAAAUGCUCAAUAUCAUGCACAAAUUUCUUUAAAAAAAAUGAAUGAGGUAUUGUAAAUUGGCCAUUAGACUUGAUUUCUAGGUUUCAGUCUACACCAGGAAAGGCAGUGCAAAGAUAGGGCAAGCGGCAAUUGCUGUUAUCAGUUCUGCUGCCAAAAUCUCUUUGGUGGAAAUAAAAAGGGCUGCUCUGUUUAUUGGUUUCCCACAGAAAGCUGAGCAGUAAUUGGCGGUUACCUUAGCUCUUUCAUAGCUGUGCCUAUCCAGGUAUGAGUCAACCUCCACUAAAAGUUUCCUGUACUUUUAAUAGUUUACUUUUCACCCAUUUUCAGCUGUAAAGGCCAUUACUUGAGUCUGCCUAAUGUGUGCAAGUCAGCCACUAGGAACGACUUAAAAGGUGAGUGUUAGCUGUUCAUGAAUUCAGCAAACAGAUGUAACUGGCUGCUGCUAGGCAGCUGGUUUCCAUCCAGGUCAGGCAUUGUCCUGGACUUUGUAGCUCUGGUCAGAUUCCAGUCAGCAUGAACAGUAGCUUAAUCAUGUCUGGAUAAGGCUGCAGCUGUCAGUUAAGGCAUGAGUGUGAAAUGGAAUAUUGUAGAGAGCAGUAGAGAAUAUAAUUCCUGAGGCUGAUUUUGCUGCCUUAUUAGCAAAAAUAUGUAUAACUGAGCCAGUUCUGUAACUUGGUAGUACAGCACCUUGCCAGAAAUGGAGGUUCAGAGCGAGCAUAGAUUCUCGGAUAAGACGGGGAGCACUGCUGUGUGAGGGGGGGAGCGGGGAGGCAAUGAACAGUCUGUGCCAUUCUUCCUUAUUCUUGGGCUGUGAAAGCUCCAUGCUGUAUCGGAUGACUCCGAUUGCAGGCCCAUACCCUACAGGAAGACUCUGGUGUGCAUACAGGCACAGGCCUCUUGCAGCUAUGUGGGACAAACCAAUUUCUAGGGGAGGCUGAAAAUGCUUAACCCCCAGAUUGUUGCAGCUUUGGAGAGGCUGGGCAUCCUCUCUGUUCUGGUCAGGGCUGCCUUUUCUUCCCCCUGCCUCUUGGGACGUACUCAUUUAUAGUUAGCACUGAAGCUGAGACACUAUCAUCCUCCUGUCAGGAAGCUGCUUCACUCAAUUACCCCCUCUGCCUGUCUGCCACAGAAAUAGUGCCAUUUAUUCAGUUUCCCAGCCUGGUCACUGCAGCCUGAAAAGGCUCAUUUGAUCUUGUUGCCAGCGCAUGUGCUUUGCUCCUUCUCUCACCUUUCCUGCCCUUCUGGAAGGGGGGCAAUUAUGUGUCAUUCAGAAUUAGAACUGAUGGCACUGAUCAAAAACGCUUCCUCUCUGGAGUUUUUGCCCUGUAGCCAAACUCAUGAAAGCAGCUGUUAUCAGAGCCCCCGGCCCAGUACCCUUGUAAGCGUUCUCCAUUGGAGCUGCCUACCUGGACAGUUACCGAGCCUUGGCUACGGGGUUAGUUCCUGCACGUCUGCCGCUGUGGUGGGAUAUCAUGAAGUUCUGAAGGGACCAAGCACAUAGCCUACAAAAUCUGACAGGUGGGAUAGGGCUGCUCGGCCUCGGAAGUGGGAAACCUGCUGCUUUCCAGGGAAGUGGCUUGGAUUGAGGGACCAGUGUUUUGUCUGCACCUUGCUGAGAACGUGUGAGAGCUUGCUUAUGUUGCAGGGCGUUUCUGGAUCACCUCCUGCUGGUUUUAUGCUUUAUGCAGCACUAAUGUUGUAAAGAAACUUGUUGGGUUUUAUGCAUAUUUUUUAUUUUGUACAGUUUUGAAUUCUGUAGAUUGUCUAGGGAUGAUUCUGUUAUGAUCAUAGACCAGGCCCAAAGUAAUCAGAUUUUGUAUGUAAUGUUACAUAGACUGCAUGCUAUUAAAGUCAGUGAGGGUCGUGUUUUCCAUUUUUAUCCUGGAUAAUAAUCCCCCCCAACCUAUUUUCCCCUUUUAUUUAAAUAUUUACUUUAAAAAGGGGUGGGCUGGGAGAAGAUGAUAUUCAAACAGAUGAAGAACUUCUCCCACUGCGUCCUGCUAUCAACACUAAAACGAGGAUGUUAAAACUUAGGUGCCACUUGAUCAUGGUGUUCUCUUGUGCACAAUGGGGAGGGGUGGGGGGGUCACACCAGACUAGCCCAAAGCAUGCUGUAGGGUCAAAAUAGUAUCCCUCCCUUACUUCCUCUGCUAAGGUAUUUGUUUUUAGUUUUUCCUCAAAAUUCGGGAGGGUUUCUGCAGGUGAUUUUGUUUAAUUAACGUUCAAGUUUGAGAAGAAUGAAAACAUAAAGUUUCGCAGGGAUGAAGAUAAUAAAUAUAUUUUAUAUAAAACAAUUGUGAACAAAAUGCACUGUGCCAGUCUGCUUAAUGGAGAAGAGAGGAGAGCCGUUCUGGUGCCUUGAUACUAGGGAAGGAGCGGCGUGUGGAGGAAAAAGCUUGUUACUGUAGGAACGGCAGGCAAGGUUCGUUGGGUAGAUGCAAGAUCUUUUAUUAGACCAAAUAAAUCAUUGGAAAAAAGUUUGUUGCAAGCUGUCAGGCACAAACACCCUUCAGGCAUUUGGAGACUCUGUUGCUGUUAUGAGUUCCCCAACCAACAACCCUUACUGCAGGAGCUGUCUUUGUGUCCAGUUUCUUUGCAUGACCUGGAGGUGCUGGUUGGUUUUUACGUCCCCCAAGGGUGUUUGCAGCGGCUGGACUUUGGGAGCAGGGCAGGCAGUGCUGAGGCUGUGCUCCCUCGCACAUCAGCUUGUGUGCCUGCCUGUCUCGGCCGCUGUCAGGAGGCAUGGCACAGAGCAGGGCAGGCUGCUUGAGGCAUUGCUGGUGUUGCAGGAAAGCAGAAGUAGCUACAUGGGGAACAAAAGAGAACACUUUUUGGCAGUAUCAUUUUCCCAGAUCAUUUGAGGAAGGGGUAGGGUCUGCAAGGCCAUGAGGUGACUGCACACCUGGUGAGGAUAUCUCAGCAUGACCCUUUAGGAGCAGAGUGCAACUCCUGCCCCCAGUGAGAGAUCCCUCUGUGAGGAGUGAUGCUUUGCAGUUCAGGUAAACAGCUCUGGGCUCGGUUGCUUAUGUGAACCAUUGGAGUUCCCUGAGCCCUCUCUUCCCUCCCCACCAAGUGCCCCCCUCUUGGUAGGGCUGUAAUUAGUGUCAUGGUUUGAUAAGUUAGUUCUCCCCCCAACCCCGCAUUCUGCUGCCACUACCUUAUUGGGCACCUUUCUCUGUGGUGGUUCCCAUGGCUCCUCCUGAUAGAUUACUUUUCCUAGAAGGGUCUGACAGAUGUGUCCGUCAUUUUUGCGUGCUCCAGCAUGUUAGUACUGCUGAAGAGAAGUGGUUCUGCUGAGCUCUGCUUGGCUUCACGCAGGGAACAGUUGCCACCCAGUGUCAUUUGCUGUUCAUAGGGGCUCCUAGUAACAGCAGGCCAGAAGUUAUAGGGAAAACCUAAGGUUCAUCUCCAUUGGUUUGCCAUGCUGGCACUUGUGGACAUGCAAAGUGGCUGCCUUCUUCAGGAGGUUGGGGACAGCUGCUUUCUGAAAGGUGGCAGCUCCCACCUGGGGCUUUCCUAGUUUGGAGGUGAAAGCAGGGGUGGGGAGAGCAACAGUAUUUUUUUUUCAAAGGCUUGCUCCCACCUCAGCUCAGCCUCUGGGUGAUGCUGGAGGCAGCAGUGGAAGGAGAUCUUCCUGGUUACCCUGCUUUUACCUUUUUCCUAGGGAAGAAGCUUGCAGAUGAGGCAUAGGGGAAAACAGAUGCUGUCCUUUAAGUGUCACAUCAGGCUUCAGUGUCUCCAACCUAAUCUGCCUGUUGAACCUGGGCUCCAGGAGUCUUAGGAGCUCCCUCCUGCAUAGUGGUUAAUUGCUCUUCUGUUGGGUGAUGGCCUAGGGGAGUUCAUGAUCAUGUCUAAAGGGAGUGGACUGCUUCAUGUUACCCUGCUGGCCUUGGACUUAAAUCAAAGGCUGAACAUAUGAUUGUAAAUGUUGGGUUUGCAGGGACUGACAAACAGAGGAAUUUCAGAAGCUGCUGCACAAAGAGAUGACUUGUUUAAAGGCUAUUACCCAUGCUGGAAGCAGACAUGGGUAUCAUUCAGGAUGGGGGUGAACUGCCGUUGCUCAGUGAUUCUGUUGUUAAACUGUGAAAAGCAGAAGCCCUGUUGGCAAGUACUCCCAAUAUGCCAGUAAAGUACCAUGGUUUCUAAGUGGGGAUUUAGCAAGUGUUAGGGCAGAUUCAGUAUUUGGCCAAAGCAGUGUGAUGACAUUACAAGCCAUAGGUUGGGGAAGCGAUAGGACAAGUGCAGAGAGGUUGCACACACAGAACAGAUCAUUUAAAGUAAUUCCUGUCUAGUAUUUGGAACUGGAAAAGUGUCUGUCACAAUCUGAGCAACGGGAGAUAGAAGAUGGGAUGUAGUCUACAUAGAAUUUGCUGUAUUUGCGAGCAUAUUUAUCGUAUUUCCUACCCCUGGGCUAUUAAAGAGUUGCACAUUUGUGCAUAAGACUAUAUUAUAUUGUGGGGAAAAAACAGUGCAAGAGGGGGGUUGGUUUGCGUAGUAGCUGAAGUCACUGCCUAUAGUUAUAAGGUCCCAGUCCAUCUGAUUUUUAUUUUGAAACUACAAGAACAGCAGGGCUGCCUCCUCCCCUCCCCCAUCUGAUAUAUUUGGGAAGAUACUUGAAAGCUUGCUCAGUGCAGCCAUAGCUCAGCCACUGCUAUCACAGGAAACAAUUCCUAGCCCACAGUAUUCUGCUGCAUUUGUUUGACACCAGUAUGUAUACGCCACCUCCACGGCAAAAAGCAGAGCCUAGCUUUGGUGUUGUAAACAUGCAGAGUUUGUUUAGCAUCUUUCCUCAUUACAAGGCAUCUAUCACAAAAAAGGUGCUUUGAUAAAGCACUGAAAGCAAAGGCAGUAUCCAGUUGUCAAGACGUGCCCUUACAGCCAGCCUCUUACUUGAUACCGAGAUGGUGACUCUGCUGAAAUGUGUGCAGUGCAUCCAUUCCUGUCUCUCUAAUCGAUAACCUCUGUGAAUUCUACCACUGUUGACUAAUGUGGAAGAGCUGAGCUGUGUACAAAUUGAUUUCCGUUAAAGUGCUGACACGUCUUCUGAGUUUUUUGUAAAGAACAAGUGCUUAUUUUCACAUUUGAAAAGAAGAAGUGUCUUUUGCAAUUUGCAUGGGCAGGUAGUUUCUAUGAAUCCUUUGGAAAUGUCAGUGUCUAACAUGCAUUUUCUCCAUGCAUUUUUUUUUCUUGAAAUAGAAACCACCCCAUAUGGUUUACAGUGAGAAGAUAAGCGAUUUGUGCUUUUGAUUCUGGUACUGGUCAUGCGGUGGAUGUAUUCGGAGCCCCCACUCUGACAUGGUAAAUGUUGAUAAAUCAGUUACAACACAUGCAGGACUCUGGGGAGCUGUGUGCUGCCAGUAAUGUUUUAUUGUGUGAACCAUUCAAACCACCUUCCAAUGAGUGCAGAACAUUAAAUUUUUAAAUUUUUUUAAUUGUACUUGGAAUUAACUGUUGCUGUGUACUAAACCCUCUUGUUAAAAGUCCUAAAUAAAGAACAAAGCACACCAAGUGCUCUGUCAUUGUGCCACUUCCAUACUGCUGGAGACUAACAUUGCAACGGUUAGCUGCUCUGCUUAUAGUGGACAUAGGGAGACAGAAACAAUACAAAUCUAGUGUUUCACUUGGUCACUGCUGCCAGCAGGCUCUUGGCUAGAGAGACUAUGAUUAGUGCAGCUUGAUUGCCAAUGGUUAAGCCAUGUUCCUGUUGUAGGUCAUCUGCUGUAUGCAGGCUGCAAAUCACUUGUGACUAAUGGGAUUCACAAGUGUUUCCUAGUUGGAGUUCUGCACCCUAAGAGAACUGCUGUUACAAAUUUUCCUUUUGCAAAGCA